AAUGAAAUCAUUAAUGUAUACAUCAAAGAUACUCUAUCUGUUCACGUCAUCUCUGGAAACGAGAGCUUUGCGUUUCCAGGGACUAUAUUUAUAAGCAUUCUUAUGAAUACCGCCCCAGUGUCUACACAACCUAGAAAGGGCACACCUUUCUCACAAUGCAUUUCGCUGCAUAUCAAGUUGUCAAGAAAACUAGACCCUGUCAUGCUCAGCCUCGUAUUGGUGUAUUUCAAUAUGAGGUUCUGUAGACAGGAACAGACCUUCACGAUGUCUCACCUGAAAUCACGUAUGAACGCGGUUGCGAAAUGUGAACCACGAUCGUUGCUUAACUGGACAUACUUGGAACUUUAACCCCGUGCUUGUGGCACUGACAACGACAUGUGGUUGUUCCAGAAAUGUAGAGCACUCUUGUGUCAGAGACGGUCUCAGGUUAUCCGCUUCUACUUCCUCCUAUAUGGGACAACGUUCUUCCUCGUUCUACCGCUUCUAUGUCUCGAUCUUCGUCACUCUGUGUACUACUUCCGGUUGAAGAGCAGCAACCAAGAGGGAAUACGUUUGCAACGCGAGAACGAUCAACGAUUGGCUAAGACUCAACAAAUCAUACAAAUGUAUGCAGAGUCCUUAUCAAAAAGCAACAAAUCAACGCCUUUGUUACAUUCAGAAAAUAUAGACGUUGGAAUUACCGUGGUGACGGUCUCGAGGAACCGUCGAUACAAGGGAGGUUAUCAGCCUCGGCAUCUCACACAAGGUCUAGGUCGUUUGGUUGAUUUGAUAAAUACCUCCAACACGGAACUGAAAUACGGAAUAUUUUUGUGCAAUGUUGACGGUGACCCGGACAGUUAUCAUGAAGCAAAGUCAUUGAAUUCAACUUUUACAACGUUUCAGAAAUUUAAAGAAAAGCAGACAAAGUUUGUUGAUAUUUUUGAAAAAGAGAAACUUGAUUAUAUUUAUUGCAUUGAAGAGACACUAAAACGAAAUGCGUCCAAUGUAUUUAUGAUCGAGGACGAUUCCUACCCACAUUACGAUUUGUUUAUUGUCCUUGAAAAAGUUCUAAAGUAUGAUAAACAAAAGGAAAAACUGAAGACUAAUAAUGUGACUUUCAUAAAGUUUUAUCAUCCAGAACGGUUGCUAGGAUACAUAAGUUUAGAAAUGGAGAGACUUCCUGAAUUGAUUGCAUUCGGUGCUGUGUUUGGAACAGUAUUAACCGUCCUUGUUAUGUUUUGCCUGUUUAAGGAAAGUGACCAAAAUGUACAAUUGUUGUGGCUAUUAAAUGUCAUAUACUUUUCCCUUUUGGCUUUGGCAAUUGGUCGUGUGAAUUUAAUAGAACUGCGCAGGUUUUCUGCGCACAUGUACCAAUUCACCCAAUCGCCAUCAUGCUGUACCCAAGCGAUGCUUUUUCCGCAAGAUGGUGCAAUGAGUAUGGUAAAACAUCUUAAAGAGGUUACAUGUAAAACGGGGUAUGGGAAAGAUACGGCUUUGGAGGAGAUUCGAAGGAGAGGACACUACAAGGCUUUGAUGGUGCAGCCAAACUUGUUUAUACACACCGGUCUUUUUUCCACAGUUCGACAAAGAAUGGUAAACCCGUACCUUCUUGGGAAAUAAUAAAUGCUGAAUGAACAAUUCACACAUAAGCAUAAUCAUUGGAUCUACCUAUAUUUUGUCGAAUGUUGAGGGAUACCGAGCUGCAGACUGGGGAAAUAAUUUGUGCUCUUGCUGAUUAAAUAUUAAAUUCUGUUUCCCCUU